AGAUAUGUUUUUGAACGAAAGUUAGAAUGUAAGUAUCAUAUUGUUCUCUGUGGUCAAAGUCUGAAAACAGGCUGAAGGCCAUUGUUGUUGACGUUUUCAUAGAACUUUAAAAUUAUUGUAUUUAUUUUGUGUAUUAUUAUUGAAGUUUCUAAAAUGAGUAUUGUGCGAUCAAAUUCUUCGUUUAAUUCAUCAUUAACCUCUUCACUUUACGACAGCCAGGACGAUAUGGACCCAACGAAAUUAAAAAAUUAUGUAAAGGAAAUAUUGAAGUCACGUAUCUUCUUAGGUCGUUACAUAGAAAGAAGACUUGCUGACAAGCGAAUUGGAUAUCGUGAUGUAAUUCUAGUAAGUGGAGCUGAAGCAGAAUUGAUACGGGAUUUAACUGAAGCCCAACAAAAAUUAAUAACCGCUUGUGCUAAUACAAAGCCUUGGAUCGGCAUCACGGACACAGAACCCUUGGGUAUCCAUACGUCCGGCGUUUGCUUGUGGACGGAGAUCGAGAACCAACCAUUCGGAGCAUUUUGGUUUCAAAUUAAAAGUGUAAAGUUCAGAGAUGGGGAAGUAUUAGUUACACUAAAAUGUAUUAGGCAUAUAUCAGAAGCAUUUAUUGAAAUUGAGCCGAUUCUAACGGGAGCUGGAAAUACAAAGAAAUCUUUGGAAAGCAACAAUGAGAGGAAACCUAAUACAAGUCUGCAAUCUCUCAAUGAGACAUAUUCAGAAUUUGUUGACACAUUAAAAAGUUUCUUGUCAAUAACAAAUGUAAAAGAAUUUAUAACAUUUUUAUUUGCUUUUGUUAUUGCUAUCUUUACUGGUAGCACUGCUUUUAUCAAUUUUCUUGGUAACUUCAUAUUAGCACUAAUAAGGGAAAUAUCCUUUUUUGUUAAAAACUCGACACCUAUGUUCCUUGGGGUUCUAGAUUUUUUUGCCAAAAUUAUUGGAGGCUUUUAUAUAUUAUUAGCCAUGAUGUUCAAACAAAGUACCCCUCGUCCACCACGUAAUGAUGAUCCUAGAACACUUUAUCUAGAAAACAAAGCAUGGGACACACAACACUCAAGAUAUAAUCAACAUUUUGUUGGUCAGUUUGAUUAGUAAGGUCAAAGUGAUCAAGAAAAUGCUAAUUUUUUACUUUAAUGUUGCAAUCUCCAAAGUUAAUCUUUGCAAGUGAAGUGUGAUAAAAUUUUGUAAUUAAUUGUUUUUAGAUCUCCUUUGUUUGAAGAUUUAUAAUAUAUUUAAUUUAUUAUAACAAUGGUGAAUAAACUGGUAAGCUUAUUUAACAAAUCAUUCCUAAUGCAUUUUUUGUUGCUCAUGUGAUGGGGUAUUUUGUAAAAUGAUGGUCGGGACUUAGUGAAAAGCAAUUCAGAUUAUAGGAAAUAUAUUGUUUAUAUUAAAUCCAGGAAACUGUUUACAAUAUUUUAUGAUAUAAUUUAUAUCAAUAAUACUUUUUAUUGUACAUUUCUGUAUGGCUGUUUCUCUAAUGGAUAUUGUUACUGAUAUUAUAAUGUUUUAUUAUAA